AUGAGUACGAGUCAGGAACCGAUCCAAGUGGUCACUGAAACAGGAACGGGAAUUAGCAUGGCGAGCUCUUCAACAUCGUUUAAUCAUGGGCAGGCGCGAUUGAAAGAACAACCACCGCAGCACACUGCGCACACGAAUCGAUUGUCUACAACUAUGUCGAGAGGCUCCAUUGGUGGCGGGACAGCAUCAACAAAAAGAACAAUGUGGUUGGGAAGAGGAAUGGUCAAUGACAUUAGGAGGAGGGCGCCAUACUAUUGGUCGGAUUGGACUGACGCGUGGGAUUAUAGGAUUAUCCCUAGUACGAUUUAUAUGUUUUUUGCAAAGUAA